AUGUAUUCUGAGCACUCUGAGUCCUCCGACGAGGACACUUUACCCAUGCGGGAAAUCCCCACACUACGUGAGGUGACUAAAACCAGCGACUGGACUAGCACUCAAAUAGCGCUAGAAGCCGCUCUAGUCGCCCUUGACCUAAAAGGUUCGAUUAUACACGAACUGCGUGGAAAAGUCACGGCACUAGAUAACGAUUUAAGUCACCUGACAGCGUUAUUUAAGGAUAACUUUCCAGCAUGUCCUGCCGCAGGCCAGGCGAUCGCGCUAUUCGACACUGCAGCCAAACUAGAAUCAGCGGGCAUUAGCGCCAAACGGAUUAUAAUCUGGGGUAGUUUCCCCAAGCUCAAUUCUCCGAUUCAGGCAACCGAAACCCUCUUGAGAAGCCUUACAGCGCUAUCCCUACCCAAACCAAGCGGAGCGUCGUGGCUGAUGUCCAAAUCUAAGAAGACGAAGGUGGGCAUCCUUAUCACCUUCAACUCGGAAUCAGUGGUGGCAGACGCUCUCGCCCAAACCGAGAUCCUUAAAAGGGCAUGCAACCUUGUCCGGGGNCAGACAAGCCACUGCACACCCGAAACCCGCGGAAGAAAGCCCCAAAAGAAACAAUGGUGCCAGCGAUCCCAAACUCCGCUGUCUGCCGGUGAUCUCCCUCUCGCGCAUUGA